AUGGACGAUGAGAAGGGCAGUGGAGCUUGGAGUCGUGUCCCGACGUGGGAUGGCGACCCGAAAUCUUGGAGAGCAUUCAAGAGGGAAAUGGACUGGUGGUUGGAAUCCUUGGAUGUUGCUAGUACCACCAAAUACAAUCUAGCAGCACGUUGGUUGUUGAGACAAACAGGAAUAGUAAGGCAACGUGGGGAAGAGUUUAGUCCCAGUGAGCUUGCCCAUCAACCUGAAGUGACUGGUCGCGAUCCUGAGACAGGUGAGGAUGUGGUUCUGACUCCUGCUGAUCCCCUCCAUGGCAUUCGCAAGCUCAUGAGUGCCUUGGAGUCAAUCAAUGGAAAGACUGUGUUGGACAAGCGAGGUGAUUUGCGGAAUUCCUUUUAUUUGGAAAUGAAGAGGAAACCAGGAGAGAGAAUUUCAGAGUUUUGCACCAGAUUUCGUUCUGCAGUGGCUGACCUGCGAAUGGAAGGAGUGACACUUCCGUCUGGGGAAUUGGGAUGGUUCCUGAAACAAAAGUUGGGUUUAGAUGCCAUUCGCCAGCAACUUUUGGAGACGGCGUUGCAGGGGAAGGAAACAUACGAAGAAACCGAGGUGGAAGUGCUGAGACUUUUCAGGGACUUGCAUGUUUCUGAUCCUUUGUCAAGGCGUGUGACUGAAGCUCCAAGGAAUCCAGUGCUCAAUCGUUUCUUGGCUCAGCAGCGUGGUUUUCCUUCCAGGAGUUCGUAUCCUCCUUCAUCUGCAGCGGCAUCCAUGUCUUCUGGUGGUUCUGGUAAGACUUCAUCCACUUUUGCCUCGAGAAACUCUACAUAUCGUAGGCCUUUUCCUUCUUCCAUGCGUCAGGCAAAUGUCACCGAGACUGAAGAGGACGAAGCUCCUGAAGAUGAAGAGGAGCCGACGGCUGAGCCUGAGGGCGGUGGAAAUUUGGAGGAGGUGUUGCAGGCCGAGGCAGAGAUCUUGGCCACAGAACUUGAGGAGGCGUUGGAAGAUGGAGUUGAUGCAGACUUCAUCCAAAGCCUUGAGGAUUCUGUAGAGUCUGCGGCAGAAGCCUUGGUGACAAUGCGAGAAGCGAGGCAUCAACUGGCUGAAGUCAAGAAGGAUAGAGGCUAUGGCAAAGUGCCUCCAUCUGGCUCUGCAGCAUCAUCGGCCAAGUCAAAGGUCGAUGCCAAGAAGUCCUCGGGAAAGUAUCCCUGCUUUGACUGUGGAAAGCCCGGUCAUUGGGCGGGCGAUGCGUCUUGCCCGAACCCAGGUGCUGGCUUGGGUCGAAAAAGUGCUCGCAAGCCAAAGUCUGUCAAGGUUGUGGAGUCCCUCAACACCGAGCAUGUGGUAGAUGUUGGACUUCAGGAACCCCAAGAGGUCAAUGAGGUUUUGACAGUGAGCAAGGCGUACCCCAACAUGUCUAUUGGUGAAGCACUUGACCAUGUUCCCCCUGGCAGAGAAGUCAAUGCUGUUCAUGUCGGCCUGGCUCAGGACAAGCGUUUGGUUGGAGCGUUGGACUCAGCCGGCAACCGGACCGUGACAGGUCCACAAUGGCUGAACACGUUCAUUCAAGCUCUUCAAACAGCUCCUAGUGAUGUUCAAGCGUUGGUUCAAUGCACCCCAGAGAAUGAGACCUUUAGGUUUGGUGAUGGUGGAACUCAAGUCAGCCGAGAGCGCCAUUACCUGCUGCCGCUGCUCCCGCCAUCUUGGAGAGGUGUGGGCACUCAGCGUUGGAGGAAACUUGGCAUUGAUGGUGUGGUUGAGCUUCAGAUGUCAACAAAGGAGUGGCUGCGUAGAAAGUUGGGUAGUCAGACAGACAUUGAAAGUCAAAAGGGUUCUCAUGAGCAUUUUCUCACAGAACGCAGUUUGAAGGCAAGUUUGGUAGUUCAUGAUUUUGUGGAUGAAGAUGAAGCGGAUAACGUGCCAACCUUGGUUCAAGAUCUCCGCAUGACUCGUCGUGCCAAUUCAGUUUUUCCGACAUCUUCAUCUCCUGCGUCCUCCCGACCGAGCUCUUUGGCACGGCGCUCUGAGCGUGAGUGCUUGACUGUGACUCAUGGAAAUGCCGGCAAAUGUGGGGUUCAUGCAAAAGUGGCGAAGAUUCGUUCUGCGCCUCGCCGAAAGAUCCCGAUGGCACUUUUCUGGACUUUUGCUUUGGCUUGUGCGGCAUCCCGAACUUCGGCAUCUCCCUUGUCCGUACCCUUCAGUAGCAAACACACACCUGUGGGAGAUUCAGGCCUUGGAGAUGAUGGAAGCCAAAAGUUUGCCAAGGUCGGCUUUUCUGAAGGUGCAAAAGGCAGGCAGUUGCUGGUCUGGCUUCAGAUCAAGCGGGAUGUCAUCAAGGAGGCCCAGCAAAAGGCAGUGGUGGCGUUUCAAAAGGGCAAGGCAGAGGACGAAGCAAGGUCCUUGAUAGGUCCUCGAGGUGGACUUCCAACUUUGCGUCAAGACUUAGUGAGAUUGGCAGCCUUGCUGAAGGUGAAUGUGACGGACAAGAUGACCGUCCCAGAGAUCAAAGAGGCAGUUCGGCCCAGUGUGGAGCUUUUGAAGAACCAGCCAAAAUCAAAGGCACAAGCACCGGCCGAGCCUCGUUUCAAGGCUCCUCCGGCUCAGUUGGCAAAGGCGCCAAGUGUCACGAGGUCUUCAGCGUCUUCUCUUCCGCUGGAGGUCCAAUCCCAAAUUCAAGUUCAGCAAAAGCAGUUUCAAGAGAUGAUGAAUCAAGUCGCAAUGGCAUUGACUCAGCUUCAUCAAGGGCAUGGAAUCCAAAGUCAAGGAGCCGUGACGAAUCAAUUCGACAUGGCGGCCAGCGAUGUGAUGAUGGCAGAUCAGUGCGACGAUGGCAUGGUGCCGUCACAGGCGGAUUGGGAUCGGAUCAAUGCGGAGGGCUACCAAGAUCUCAUGGAAGGAGAGGACAGUGGUGUUGGAUCCGUGAACGAUGCUGGUCCUUGGGAACUUCAACAGGAUCUCAAGAGAGGUCAAGCCAAACUGAUUGCAGAUGCCUGGAAUCGACAUAUGGCUGAUUGCAAGAGGGUGUCUCAAGGUCGGCAAGAGAUCAGGCAGGUGAUGUUGACUGAGUUUGAAGAAGAGAUGCGUGGCUAUAUCAAUGAUGAGCCCUUUGUUCAUGCGAUUGACCUCUCCACAUCACUGAGUAAGUCCAGGUCUCUGAGCGGUUCCAGUUUUUCCAGUAUGAGCACAUCACAACCAAUGACUAGGACUUUGAAGGGAUCCUCGCUCUUGAAGUCUCCUUUGUCACGUUUGCGCGGCAUUCAGGGGAAAACAGAGCAGAGGUCCAUGGCAACUCCGUUGGUUUCUGAGGUUUACACCAACACUCAAAGAGUUAUGAAAGAAGCUGCAAGACGUGGUCACCGAGUGGGCACCCCCAUGAGUUUGGAGACGGGCUGGAAUUUUCUCAACAAAGCAGAUCGUGAGGAAGCCAAGCGUGUUGUACGCUCUGAAAAGCCCCUUUUUCUGAUGUUGGCUUUUCCUUGCGGGCCUUUCAGCCCACUCCAACGACUCAAUCCUUCGCCUCGUCUUCGAGAGCUUCAGGAUCAGGGCCGUGUACUCAUGGACUUUGCACUCGAGCUCGCGCAGAUCCAGCUUGAUGGUGGCAGACACUAUGUGCUUGAGAAUCCCAAGCCGAGUGGUGCUUGGAAAGGGCCGCGGAUGCUGAAGUUUUUGGCAUCGCGGGCUCCAGCAAUUGUGGACUUUGAUCAAUGUCGGCUUGGACUUCGUAGCCGUCAAGGGAAUCUUCAUCGGAAGCCAACACGGCUAGUUUCUUCAAGUUUUUCAGUGGCAUCCAAGUUUGAAGACCAGAAGUGCACGCGCACUCAUCUUCAUGACCCUGUGAUUGGCGGUGUGGCAGUGACAGCACGCGCUGGGCACUACCCCGUUCAGUUAGCCAAAUGCUUGGUGAAGGGUAUGGAGGAGGAAUUCAACAAGGGGUCUUUGAAGGGCUCUGAAGUGCUGGCAGUUGGUCAUGAUGAAGGUGAGGACGAUUUUGCAGUGUCCGCCCUUCCUCACUUUGACAGUGACUCUGAGAUUGAAGAGGGCAUUGAGCAGUCGGUCGACGAAAAGAUUCCUGCUUCAGUGAAGGCCACUGUGGCUAGGCUUCACGAGAACACAGGCCACAGGAGCAAUCGUCGACUGGCAAGGGCCUUGACCCUAGCGGGAGCACCGGCCAUUGUGGUGCGUGCUGCAAAGGAACACAAAUGUAGCAUUUGUUUGGAGAAGGUUCCACCUAAGCCCCAACGGCCUGCUUCUUUGCCUCAUCCCAGAGACGUUUCUGAUCAAGUUCAUUGUGAUUUGCUGGAAGCCGUGGAUAGUCAAGACAACAAGUAUGUCAUCAUUCAUGCUCUGCUUGCUGCGACAGUUUCUGCCAACUCUGUCAUAGGCAAGGAAGAAAUGAGCCUGGCCCUUGGUGAGGCGCUUUCAGCCUACAACAAUGACACCAAUGAUAGUGGCGUCUCACCUGCUCAGGCUGCUCUUGGUAAGGCGCCUAGACUGCCGGGUGACGUCCUGACUGACAUACAAGGACGUUUGGCUGAACAUGAUCUGGUGACCAAAGACAAUCUUUUCGCCAGGCAAUUGGCCUUGCGUGAAACAGCCAAGGUCGCCAUGACCAGGCUGCACUUCAGCAGGGGAUUGAGACGAGCAGAGUUGGCCCGUAACCGCAGCAGCACCAUUGCAGACGUGCCCGCCCCAGGUGACAUUGUCUAUUUCUUCCGCUUCCAGAAAUACAACAACAAGCUGAGUGGUAGCAGGAAGAGACUGUCCCUGCGGCGUUGGCAUGGCCCUGCACUUUUGGUUGCUGUGGAAAAGAGUUCUGAUGGUGGUGAUGGUGCGAAUGGAUAUCUUUCCUUUAAGGGUCAGUUGACAAAAUGCAGCUUGGAACACAUCAGAAGAGCAUCACCCAUGGAACAAAUCACCACGGAUACGUGGAGGGAUGCAAUUGAAGAUGCAGUAUGUCAAGCUGUGCACGACAUGACUCUGAGUGGACUUCCGUCAGAUGGUCGUGCUGAUCCUACAGAUGGGAUCCCAGCGACUCCUGCACCUUCCACUCCUGCUCCUGCAACACCUAUGCUCGGCGCCCCGUCUGGUGGAGCCACAUUGCCUGCAGCUGUAGCACAGGAACAAGCUUUGAGUGAUUUGCCGCCAGUACAACCCCAAGAAGUUGUUGGCGCUGUGCAAGCAAGUUUUGAGCAGGGUGCGAUACCUUCUCAAGUGGGCAGUUUGUCCAGAAGGCAGUCAUCAGAGUUUCCUGCGGGUAGUUUUUCUCGUAGGCAGUCAGCAGAAUUUUCAGCACCUGCUACACCUCUGACGAAUCCCUUGCCGUCGUCGAGCGCUAUGUCUCAACGAAUGAGUACGGCAAUUGAGAGAGUCAGAGAGAUGAGUGGGAAACGAGCAUCGGAAGUUGCCCCAGAGCAAUUGCGCCUUGAUGUUCAGCAACCUGAGGCAGAACUUCCAGAUCCUUCGGCCUUGCAAGCGGGUGUUUCAGAUGGAGUGCAUGAUGCAUUGAUGAUGUCCAAGGAGGAAAUCUUUUCAGUCUUAGAAGAAGAUGCUGCUCAGGUUCAUCCCUUGGUGCGCCUACAUGCUGAAGCUUGUGGCGAUCGGUUGCAACCCCUGGACUCAGUGGUUCGCGAUCACGGCACUUGGCGUGGUGAUUGGCAGCUGCCUUCUCAGACAGAGUGGUCCGCCAGACAGAAGCUUGGAUGCGAUUGGCCUUGUGGACAAGAUGACUUCAAUGAAGCGAUGGCAGUGCAGACCGCACGAAAAGAAUAUUUCUGGUCAAACAUGAAUGAAGACCAGAAGGAGGCAUAUCGCAAAGCAGCUGAUGCUGGUUGGAAUGUUUGGGUUGCCAACGACGCCGUCGAGGUGCUGCCAGAUGAAGAAGCAGCUCGUGUGCGCUCUGAUUUGAAGAAGAAGAAAGAGGAGUGCAAGAUUUUGACGCCUCGGUGGGUUUUCACCGACAAACAUGAUGGACUGAGGACUCCGCAGAAUAACCUGGAGCUGAAGGCCAAUGCGCGGCUUGUGGUUCCUGGCUUUAAGGAUGUGAUGUCCUAUGGCAUGCGAAAAGAUGCACCCACAGCUUCAAGAACCAGUCAGCAUCUGGUCUUUACAUUGACGGCAUCCUACCAUAGUGCUAGAGGUUGGCGGCUUUUGUCGGUGGAUGUGAAGUCUGCCUUCAUGAAGGGCGACCCAUACCUUGCAGGUACUAGGGAGUUGUUCGUUGAGAAUGUCAAGAGCCGUCAUGGUGAACCGAUGUUGCCUUUCUCUGCAAUCGGCUUAGCAAAGGUGAAGAAAGGGGUGUUUGGCCUCAGUGAUGCACCGAGACAAUGGUACUUGCGCCUUCACCGUGCUCUGACCGAGUUGGGAUGGAUCCGCAGUACGAUGGAUGCAGCAUGUUGGUUUCUGUGGGGCAAAAGUGACUCUGGAGAACGCAUUCUCUUGGGCGUUGUGCUGUCUCAUGUGGAUGAUUUGCUAUGUGGUGGAUGUAAGGAAGCGCUUGACAGCAUCAUGAGCCUUGAGGCCCAGCUUGGAUUCGGUACGGUGGAACGAGACUCCUUUGUCUAUUGUGGCAAAAAGGUGAGCCAAGACGAGCAUGGAGUGGUUCAUGUGACAAUGCCUGAGUAUCAUGCAAAUCUUCAACCUGUUUCCAUUCUUCCUCACCGAAAGCGACAGCCCGAUGCCGAGCUGACUGAUGGUGAACGAAGGCAACUGAGAGCGAUUCUUGGAUCUCUUCAGUGGCUUGUGGCUCAAGUGCGAGUUGAUCAAGGCUUCGCAUUGUCAACACUGCAAGGAGAGAAACCCACGAUUGGAACCUUGCUGAGGGCUAACAUUCUGGUGAAGAAUUUCAAGUCAACUGCAAGUUUUGGUCUACGAUUCUAUCCUAUGUCCUUGAAGAAUUGUGGCAUCAUGGUAGUCUCAGAUGCGUCCUUGGGAAACGUCACUAAAGACAGUGGCACAACUGGCGAUGUUCCAACUAAGGUCUACAGCCAGGCCUCCUAUGUGGUGCUCCUUGCGGAAGAGAAGCUGAUGAAAGGCGAGACUGGCAGAUGCUGCUUGUUGGAUGCUAGGAGCCAUCGUUUGCAAAGGGUUUGUCGCUCAACGUUUGCAGCUGAACUUCUUGGAACAGAAGAAGCGUUUGACGUUGGGCAAUAUUGCAGAGGUUUGUUGGCUUCAAUUAGCGGCUAUCCUCUGGAGAUGCGUCAUGUGGACACCAUCUUGGAUGCUAUUCCUUUGACAGUGGUGGUCGAUGCGAAAGACGUGUUUGACAAAUGCCUGUCAGACACUCCAAGCUAUGGUUCUCAGAAAUCCCUGGCAUUCACAGUGGCAUGGAUAAGGACGAUGUUGCGACGUCCCAACACCAGCUUGCGUUGGACAUCGACAGAGAAUAUGUUCGUCGAUGGAGGAACCAAGGAAAUGGACUUGGAGCACAUGCGUGAGAUCUUGACUUCAGGCGAAUGGUGCCCCAAGUACACCACCAAGUUCAUCAAGCAAUCCUCAAAGGGUGGCAAGACGAAACCUUUGACUUUGACGAGCUCUACGGCGGAGCUUCCUGGGCAGCUGCUGAGUGAGAGUCAUGCGAUUUUUCCCUAUUUGCAUAGGCUUGGUGAAACUCCCGGUUGGCAUUUUGAAGACCGACUGGUGAUGCAAGUUGCCCGUAAUGCAAACCCAAAAGCUCUGGUUAGGCUAAUUCCUGCCUAUUAG